UAUAAGGGCGGCGCCGCGCGGGGCCGGGCGAGUCGCCCCGUCUUCACAGGCCCGCCUCGCCAUGUUGUCGGCCCUUCUCCUCUGGAUCGGCGUCGCCGCCGUCGUCGCGGUCCCUGUGCCCACCGGGAACAGUGGUCCGCUUGGAUCGCUGCUGGGCGCGACGCCGAACUGCAAUAUCUCGAGCGAAUCGAGCCUGGGGCAGAGCGGCCGCACCGCCGGUAACGCCGCCGUGUCAGGCACCACCUCGACCAGCGGCUCGGCCAGCGGCCUCUGCGGCUUCCAGAGCCCCAUCGCCAAACUGAAGGACAACGGCGCCGUCAACUCGGGCGUCACCGGCACUGUUGUCUCUGCCGGCUUCGGCAGUGCCGGCCAGCAUGCCAACUCCAAAGGAGCCGUGGGCACCCCCACGGGCCGCGACACCCACCGUGACCAACAACGAGCGGACCCGGCUAGCGGCGGGUUCUAA